CCGAAAUUCUCAGAGAAGAGUUAGAGGAAAAAAGAAGAGAGAAAGGAAUACCAGUGGACUUGAUCAUUGAGGAAACUUCUGGCUAAAGGAUCGAUUAGAUUGCUUGCGGAAAGAUAAGGUGUUGUUAGGGAUCGUGAAGGAGUCUAAUUGAUUACAAUUUCGGUGGAUAUUCAGAAGAUAUCUAUCUGAGGGAAUGUCAAGGCGUGGUACUAGGAGACGUACUGGUACUGGGAGAGGUGGCACCGAAAAUGGUGGUCCUAUUGAUGGAGAUAAACCACAAUUAGGAAAUCAGACUGUGAAUGUGAAUAUGGCGCAGCUGACCCAGUUAAUAGCCCAAGCAGUCGCUGCUGCUAUGAAUCAAAAUGUUGGACAGGUCAACAAUCAUAAGAGCCAAGGACCGCCUGCUGAAACUGAGGAAGAUAGGUAUAGAAAGGUUCAGUUUCAGUUCAAGAAGUUGAACCCGAAAGAGUUUUCUGGAAAGUAUGAUAACCCAAUGAUAGCCCAUGAAUGGAAGGAUGAGAUGGUCAAGAUUUUUAGGGCCAUAGGACCUUCUUGCACAGAAGUCUUUAAACAGAGAUUAGCUACCUUUGAGCUCACUAGAGAUGCUCAUAAUUGGUGGACUUCAGCUUCACGUGGAUUGGAUCAUGCCACCAUGACAUGGACAAACUUCAUUCGUAUGUUUGAUGACAAGUAUUUCCCUCAGAGUAUUCGAAAUGCUAAGGAGAAAGAGUUUCUUUCAUUUAAGCAGGGUACUUUAUCUGUUACAGAGUACGAGAUUGAAUACUCAAGAUUGUCGAUGUUUGUACCUCACUUGGUAGAUACUGAAGAGAAAAAUAGACGUAGGUUUGUUUAUGGUCUAAAUGUUGUGUAUCAGAGGCAUAUUGUUGCAAAUCAUAUGAUUGACACAUAUGUUAGAGCUGUUGAAUGUGCCAGAGAGUUUGAGAAAUAUUUCUUGGCUCAUAAGAGGGAUGAGGAAUACUUGAAGAAGGACAAUAAGGUUGACCGUGCAUCAAAAGUUUCUUCAGGUCAACAUGGAAGUGGUAAGAACCAGCAGACCCAGAAUGUCACUCAAAAAGGUGAUCAGCCAUGGAAGAAAAGGAAGGGGUAUUGGAAUCAAGGGAACCGUGAUCAGAAGAACAGUGGUAAUGACGGGGCAGUAGUACCAGCUGAGGGUGAGGCUCUUGCUGUCAAACCAAUUAACUUCUAUGGGUUUUGUUAUAACUGUCGUGAAAGGGGGCACAAGGCAUCUGAAUGUACCAGAGAGAAAGUUUAAACAGCAGAUAGACAUGACCAACCAAACACUGGGGUUGCAAACCGUAAUGUGCAGCCUCGUGGCCAGGGUCAACUCUUUGCUGUGCAACCUUCUGAAACGGAGAAUGCUACUUUGGGAGGUACUUUCUUUAUUUUAGGAGAGCCUGUUAACAUUUUAUUUGAUACCGGAGCUACUCAUUCUUUCAUUUCUGCUAAGUUAGUUCGUAUGGUAAAUCUUUCUAUGAAAGUGUGUGAUUUUCCGUUAUGUGUUUCCACCCCUACUAGUAGUAUGGUAGAGUUGAGUAACAAGGUCGAUGCUUUUCCUAUUAUGAUUGGUGAUGUUGAUCACUUGGAGGAUCUGUAUGUGCUGGAGAUGGUUUCUUACGAUGUAAUAUUAGGGAUGAACUGGUUAUCUUCUAAUUUUGUGCAAUUGGAUUGUGCUGACA